CGUGCGAACUUAACUGCUGUGCCACCGGGCCAGCCCCUAGUCUUAGUUGUGAUAUAAUUCCUUUUAAAAAAAUAUUAGUUUAGGCCUGUAUAGAGUCAAUUUAGUUGAAACUUUUUUCCAGUCAGAUUUCUGCAGGGCCAAGUGAACAUUUUGCAGAUGACGAAAGUAUAUGGCCUAACUUCUUUUCUUCUUGUCUUUUACACAGGAGAUAACAUUUACUAAAAUCUGGUUAUUAAAUAAAUAAGACUCUAUACCAAUAAAAUACAUUGUAUUUUUGGAUGUGUUUCAACUCUCUUACCUUCUUCAAAGGGGCAAUUUCUUUAAGAAGUAGUUUUAUUAUAAUUCUGUCUGCAAUGGCAGAUACAUCUAACAUUGUACCCCUCCCCUCAUUUACCUAUUUAAAAAAUUCGACAGUUCACAGAGUCAAGAAGAGGCUGAUUUCACAUCAUUGGGUUUUAUCUCCAAUCUGUCUUAUCUUUGUCCUACUUUUGGGUUUGACACCCUUCACCUCACUCCCGUCUCGUGAUCUCUGGCAUUGUUCUGCCAAAGAAAAUGAGAAACGUCAUUGUAGCCCUAGAUUUGCCCUCUUCCGAGGAACCAGUGGAACAGCUUGUAGAUAUGAAGUAAACUUCUUAUUGACCUAGUUAGGCUUGUUAUUCAUGAGUCCAAGUGUGCAAAUUUCUGUGACCAUCGUUGACCUAUAAUAAGUCAGUUAAUAAAUUCAGAGGAAAGUGUUAGAUCUGAAUUCCAUAUUUACAGGCUAAAAGUUGUAGUUUUUAGCAUUAUAAUGUAGAUAUGGUCACCAUCUAUUAUUAGCACAGUCUCAAAGAUUGCUGUCCCUGGUGGGCCCCCUCUGCUCUGUGGUGUCUUUUGCUUUCUUUGUAGGGACUCUUAACAGUGUAUCUUUCCCGAGAGGUUGUCAUAUGCUGGUGCCUAACCUUGGAAGAGACUGCUUCAUCAACUGUUAUGCCAGUUUCCUCGUUUACAGUGCGAGGAGAUGAGCAGUUCUCAGUAGUCUUCAGUCUCCUGUUGACCGGAACUCCCAUCCAGAACAGCCUCCAAGAGCUCUACUCUCUCCUGAGUUUUGUGGAGCCUGAUCUCUUUUCCAAGGAGCAGGUGGAAGAUUUUGUUCAGCGUUACCAGGAUAUUGAGAAAGAGUCUGAGUCAGCAAGUGAACUACACCAGCUCUUGCAGCCAUUUCUGCUGAGGCGAGUGAAAGCUGAGGUAGCUACAGAGCUUCCCAAGAAGACGGAAGUAGUGAUAUACCAUGGCAUGUCAGCAUUGCAGAAGAAAUAUUACAAGGCCAUUUUGAUGAAAGACCUAGAUGCAUUUGAAAAUGAGACAGCAAAGAAAGUUAAACUUCAGAAUGUCUUGUCUCAGCUUCGAAAGUGUGUGGAUCACCCUUACUUGUUUGAUGGUGUGGAACCAGAGCCUUUUGAAAUUGGAGACCACCUGAUUGAGGCCAGCGGGAAACUUCACCUGCUGGAUAAGCUGCUGGCAUUCCUGUAUUCCAGGAGCCAUCGAGUUCUACUUUUCUCCCAAAUGACCCAGAUGUUGGAUAUUCUCCAAGACUAUAUGGAUUAUAGAGGCUACAGCUAUGAGCGUGUGGAUGGUUCUGUGAGAGGAGAAGAGAGACACCUGGCCAUUAAGAACUUUGGACAGAAGCCCAUUUUUAUUUUUCUCCUCAGUACUAGGGCAGGUGGAGUUGGCAUGAACUUAACGGCAGCAGAUACCGUUAUUUUUGUUGACAGUGAUUUCAAUCCUCAGAAUGACUUGCAAGCAGCUGCCAGGGCUCACCGAAUUGGCCAGAACAAGUCUGUGAAAGUCAUUCGGCUGAUUGGCCGAGACACCGUGGAAGAAAUAGUCUGCAGGAAAGCAGCCUCAAAACUGCAGCUCACCAACACGAUCAUAGAAGGAGGCCAUUUCACUCUGGGUGCCCAGAAACCCGCAGCUGACGCGGACCUGCAGUUGAGUGAGAUACUCAAAUUUGGUUUGGAUAAACUGCUGUCCUCUGAGGGGAGCACCAUGGAUGAUAUAGACCUGGAGUCUAUCCUGGGAGAAACAAAAGAUGGUCAGUGGGUCUCUGAUGCCUUGCCUACAGCAGAAGAAGGAAGCAGAGAACAAGAGGAAGGAAAAAACCAUAUGUACUUAUUUGAAGGUAAAGAUUAUUCUAAGGAGCCUAGUAAAGAAGAUAGACAAUCAUUUAAGCAACUGGUAACUCUUCAGAAAACCCUUCUGGAGGAAACUAGUCAAGAGGGCCGGUUACUCCGAAAUAAAGGCAGUGUUCUCAUCCCAGGCCUUGUGGAGGGCUCUACCAAGAGGAAGCGAAUUCUGAGCCCAGAAGAGCUGGAGGACAGGAGGAAGAGAAGACAAGAAGCAGCAGCCAACAGAAAGAGACUAAUGGAGGAGAAGAAAAGGAAAAAGGAAGAAGAGGAACAUAAGAAAAAGAUGGCCUGGUGGGAGUCCAACAGUUACCACUCCUUCUGCCUGCCUUCCAAGGAUAGCGAACCAGAGGACCUAGAGGAUGGGGAAGAUGAGAGCCCUGUCCAUCUGGAUUAUGAAGACCCAGGCUCGACCUCCAUCAACUAUGUUAGUGGUGACGUCACCCACCCACAGGCUGGGGCAGAGGAUGCUGUCAUCGUGCACUGCGUAGAUGAUUCUGGCCGCUGGGGCCGAGGUGGUUUAUUCACAGCUCUGGAAACACGAUCUGCUGAGCCAAGAAAAAUAUAUGAGCUGGCUGGGAAAAUGAAAGAUUUGAGUUUGGGAGGUGUCCUUUUAUUUCCUGUUGAUGAUAAAGAGUCAAGAAACAAAGGGCAAGAUUUGUUGGCCUUGAUUGUGGCUCAGCAUCGUGAUCGCUUCAACGUCCUGUCUGGCAUUAAGAUGGCAGCCCUAGAAGAAGGCCUGAAGAAGAUAUUUUUAGCAGCAAAGAAAAAGAAAGCAAGUGUCCAUCUUCCACGCAUUGGACACGCCACGAAAGAUUUUAACUGGUAUGGUACUGAGCGACUUAUUCGGAAACACUUGGCUGCAAAAGGCAUCCCAACUUACAUAUAUUACUUUCCUAGAAGCAAGGCUGCUGUUUUUCCUUCACAGUCCUCACAUUCCUCCUAAGGACAGCUGGUGCCUUUGCAGUCGGUCCAGCAUCGGCUUCAGCCUUCAGCAAGCAGCUAAGAAGAGACUUGCUCAGAGCCACUGUAAUAGAGUAUUUCAGAAAGGUCUCAGGAUCGGGUGGACCUCUAAGAUGCCGUUUUUUGAAUUCUCAUUUUGUUCUCCUGGAUGUGUUACUCUGAUUUGGUACCUGUAAUACAGGGACGUACAACUUAUUCAGGGAAGUCUUUUGGCAGCUUGCCAGGGUCCCAGUUUGCAUAGCUAUUUGCAUAAUAAUUUUUCUAUCUCUAAUGGUUUCAUUGCUUUCUUUCCUGCCUAUCAGACUGAUUUCUUUGGAGAGGGGAAGGCUAUAUAGAUUAAGAAGAAAUGAAAGGUAACAGGAGACCAGGGUGGCUCUGGGAGAAGGAAGCACCUUCGGCCAAUUCAUGCCUUGAAAAGACAGUGCUCUGAGGGGCAGAGGCUGAGAAGUGAAAGUCCUCAUCCAGACAACUGGAGCCUGUCCUGCCGUUCUUUUUGCACUGCUCAGCAUCAAGAUCUAGAAGAAUACACAUUGGCCUAGAGGGCUGUCAGAUGUGACUUUAGAGAAACCAGAUCUCCUUUCCCCUUCCCGCCCAGUACAGUUUGGCCGCAAGAAAUUAGGCAAUCGUGGAAAUAGCACGAAGCUGACAGAGAAUGUCAGAUUGGGGAGGGCAGUGGGCUGAGGACCUCCAGAGAAGGAGUCAUGGGGGGAGACACUAUGUAAGCUGUGGCUUUUCACCCUUUUGUACGUGAAGUUUCAGUCUUGGCCAACCAUCCUCAACCAGCCUGAUUUCUGCUGCUUUGAGGCCCUCCACACCUGGAGUGCUUUGGAGGCCUCUUCAGAAGCCUCAGCCCUAGGCCAUUGAUUCAGGGAACUUGACUACUUACUGGUGGACUCAGAGCCCAGACCAUGACCUUCUAAGGAAGGCGGUACCUUUAGCACCUGGAUUGUACUGUUCUGUUUGACUCCCUCCCCAGCACCUCACCCUUCAACAAUUUAGCAUCUGUGUUGAAACACUGUUAGACCCUAAAGUCAUGAUUCCUUAAUUUUUUCCCCUAAGACUUCUUACUUUCAUUUUUA